AUGGGGCUAGGAAGUUACUUCAAGGCGAAGAAGCCGGAGCCGGCAGCUCCUGUGAUGACGGAGAAGACUCCUGCUGGGCCAUCACCACACCACAGUUACAAUAUGGAACUCCAACCACCGACUUCGAGAUUUGGGUCAUCGAGGAAUUCAAUUUCAAAUCGAUCAACACAAAGCUCGACCUUCCUGGACGACAUCAAGCAUGAAGUAAUGGUAAAUUACCUCUACCAACAACAAUGCUCGCACCUCUGGGUUAGCGAUGGAAGUGGGGAGAUUGAAGGUGUUCUCCUCAGGAAGUCGAAAAACACAUACAUGGCUUGCCCGCCACAAUUAGGCAGUUCGGCCUUCGCUGCAGCAUGUGCCGCUCUUAAUGUUCAGUGUGCAAUGACUGUCAACUCGAGAGUCAUCAAGACCUUCCUCCAAUGGUCACCCGAUGCCGUCGACGUCCCUCUUCUUAACGGUCUCCGGAUACAAAUUCUUCCCACAAUUGAAGAUCUUCCACGGGCGAGAAAGCAUCAGUUCGCAGCAUUUGUUGCAUCAGAAGCAUUGUUGGUUGUUUGGGAUGACGAAGCAUUACACUUGGUGCAACGUGCCAAGCAAAUUGAAUCCGAAUUGAUGGAACUUGUAUGGAAGACUGGCGAAACUGAGGAGGAGGAUAAGAAAGAUACAAAUGUCGGCGUCUAUGAAAUUGAUGAGGAGAGCGGAGAGAUCGUCCCAGAGAAGCGUGGCCUGCAUUUGCAAAACACAGUGUUGGUUGCUCUGACGCUCAUGCUGAUCAUGACAACACUGGGUGCUGGUGCCCGCCAGUUGGCCAUCGAGACGGAUUCUGAUGGUACAUUUCUUCGACUUGCUCUCCUGGCCUUAACACCGGUCCAGAUCUUCUUCACUCUUUUCUUCGGACAAGUUAUCGUCGGUUGCUUGGCCCAGAUUUUCGGUCCGGUUCGACAAAUGACUGAGAAUUCCAAGUUCUACUCAGCUCGCGCUCCUCCCAGGAUUCAAAGCGCAGUCUUGCCCCACAUCACCAUCCAGUGCCCUGUUUACAAGGAAGGCUUGAACUCUGUCAUUGCCCCCACUGUCAAGUCCAUCAAGCAGGCCAUCUCUACUUACGAAUUGCAAGGUGGAUCUGCGAACAUGUUUGUCAAUGAUGAUGGUAUGCAAAUCAUCGAUGAAGAAGAGCGUCGGGCCAGGAUCGAAUUCUAUGCCGACCACAGCAUCGGAUGGGUGGCGAGACCUAAGCAUGGCGACAACUUCACUCGACGAGGAAAAUUCAAGAAAGCGUCAAACAUGAAUUAUGGUUUACAUAUCUCCUGCAUGGUCGAAGAGAAGCUGGCCUUAAUCCAACGUCCUGUCGACUGGACUCAAGCGGAUGAGGCUCAGGCCUACGAACGAUGCUUGAAGGAAGCACUCGAAGAAAAUGGACGCGCCUGGGCCGAUGGUAACAUUCGUGUUGGAGAUUACAUCUUGCUAAUUGACUCUGAUACCCGUGUCCCCGCGGAUUGUCUUCUCGAUGCAUGCUCCGAAAUGGAACAGUCCCCUGAAGUCGGAAUCAUGCAAUUUUCAUCUGGUGUCAUGCAAGUCGUCAAUACCUACUUCGAAAACGGCAUCACUUUCUUCACCAACCUCAUCUACUCGGCUAUUCGAUACACUGUCUCCAACGGUGAUGUUGCCCCCUUCGUUGGACACAACGCCAUUCUCCGCUGGUCUGCUAUCCAACAAGUCUCCUAUGAAGACGAGGACGGAUACGAGAAAUUCUGGUCAGAAUCGCACGUGUCCGAGGACUUCGAUAUGUCUCUCCGUCUCCAGGUCAAUGGUUAUACUAUUCGUCUUGCUGCUUGGGCUGGCGAGGGAUUCAAGGAGGGUGUGUCUCUGACUGUGUACGAUGAAUUGGCACGUUGGGAGAAAUAUGCCUACGGUUGCAACGAGCUUCUCUUCUACCCACUCCGCAAGUGGAUCUAUAAGGGACCAUUCACACCUCUUUUCCGCAAAUUCUUGUUCUCCAACAUUCGUUUCACCUCCAAGAUCACUAUCGUCUCCUACAUCGGAACCUACUACGCCAUUGGAGCCGCCUGGAUCAUGACAACAGCCAACUACUUCGCUAUCGGAUGGUUCAACGGUUACCUCGAUAAGUACUACGUUGAUUCGUGGAAGGUCUGGUUCUCCAUCAUCAUCGUCUUCAACGGUCUCGGCAACAUUGCCCUCGCAGUCAUGCGAUACCGUAUCGGCGAACGCUCCCUCCUGUACGCGCUCUUCGAGAACUUCAAAUGGACGUUCAUGCUCGCAAUCUUCUUGGGUGGUCUCUCUCUACACGUCUCGCAAGCUCUCCUCGCCCACAUGUUCGAGAUCGACAUGACAUGGGGUGCCACCGCCAAGGAAGCCGAGUUCUCCAAUUUCUUCAUCGAAGUGCCCAAGGUGCUCAAGAAGUUCAAGUUCUCGAUGAUCUUCUCCAUCAUCGGCAUCGCCGGCAUGGUCAUCCUCGCCCUUGCACCUUUCGUACCAUACGACUGGAAGAUCAACGAUUUCGUAGCUAUCCUACCCAUGGCGACAGUAACAGUCUCUCACUUGCUGUUACCGCUCGCGCUGAACCCAGCCUUGAUGACCUUCUCGUGGUAG